CGGAGAUGGUUUCUAGGUUCAUUUAUAGGUUUUCGAGGGGCAGCUUGAAACACUGUCGAAGUAUCGUCCGUUGUCAACCAGGCCAUCUACCGUUUCUCUCCAAUAACUGUUCUUCUAUUCCUUCUACUGAUAGGUAGGUUUGGGGUUACCAAGAAACAAAUUGUUUGGGUUCGCAUGCCAUCCAUGGCAUCAGUUAUCAAGUUCAUAAUGAGAGGAGCUCCAUUAUUGAGUCAUUUCAGGUCACUCCAUGUGGUGUAACAUGUGGACACUAAAGUGUGUCUUGGUAUUGUUGAUGCACUAGGAAAAUUACAAAGCACCCUUCACUAGACAUGUGUAAACGCCACAGGUUGGGUGGAGCUAUGGCUACUACAAAACUAUCUCUAGUACUUACCAUUGAUGAAUUCUAUAUGGAUUGGCUAUUUUAAUCACCUGAUGUAUAAAUUUUUCUUUGGAGGAACAGAAACUUGCAUCAAGAAACCUACAAAAGCCUUAUAAAUGGUCUGGUUUAGGUCAUCUAUCUGGCUCUCAUCCAUGCUCUUGCCAUCACUUAUAUUAUGCAAAAUUUUCCCAAUGGUUAAUUUCUAGUCCCAUCAUGGUUCGAAUUAUGACAAUGGGGCGGUUGGAGUAUGAAACUGCUGGGCCCCGAUGGUUUUGCCUCUGCUCCAGUUUUAAUAAUAAUGAUGUGGUUCCUAAGAUGCUAUUGCCCAUAAUAAUGGUUUUUGUAAUUUGCUUGAAUAAUCUGUAUGUCCAAAGGUAAUGUUCAGUGACUUAUCUAUCUAAUAUUAUCAUGGAUGGAAGCAUGCAGUUCCAAGGUCAGGCCCCUUAUUGAUCGUCAGUCACAAGCUGAAUAGGAUGUUUUCAGCCCUGGGGUUACUGUCGAGGAGUUGAGUUGCAAUUAAAAUUGCAUAUGAGAUUUCAACUGUUUGCUACUAUUGGUUCACUGGCUUUUAUUGCGAUUUAUAACCUGUUUUUUUUUUUUUUUUUUUUUUUUUUCUUGAUAGGUAAAACAUAGGGUUUUUUAUUUUUUUUCGAUUUAUAACCUUUAUUCUCACAUCUUUCCUUUAUCCAUGUUAUUGAGAUACAUGAUUUGGUGUAUGUCAGGAACAAGUGGAUCCAUUUUCCCUUGUUGCAGAAGAACUGUCAAUUCUUGCUAAUAGGCUGCGGGCGAUGGUGGUUGCCGAGGUCCCUAAGCUUGCCUCAGCUGCUGAGUACUUCUUCAAAAUGGGGGUGGAAGGAAAGAGAUUCCGUCCCACAGUUAUAUUAUUGAUGGCAACAGCAUUGAAUAUGCCCAUAACAAAAUCAGCUUCAGAUGGUGUUAUUGAUACCUUAUCAGAUGAGCUUCGUAAAAGACAGCAGUGUAUUGCCGAGAUCACUGAGAUGAUAUAUGUUGCAAGCCUUCUGCAUGAUGAUGUCUUGGAUGAUGCAGAAACAAGGCGUGGUAUUGGUGCAUUAAAUGUUGUGAUGGGAAAUAAGAUAGCAGUAUUAGCUGGUGAUUUCCUACUUUCCAGAGCUUGUGUUGCACUUGCUUCAUUGGAAAACACAGAGGUUGUAUCAUUACUAGCAACAGCCGUGGAACAUCUUGUGACAGGGGAAACCAUGCAAAUGUCUACCACUCGUGAGCAACGUUGUAGCAUAGAAUAUUAUUUGCAAAAGACAUACUACAAGACAGCAUCAUUGAUUUCGAACAGCUGCAAGGCGAUUGCUCUUCUUGCUGGGCAAACGGCGGAAGUCUCAUUGUUGGCUUAUGACUAUGGCCGAAACCUGGUUUGUGAUCAUCUAUGUUCUCUAAUAUAAAUUCACGGACAUUAUAAAAAUGAACUGAGACAUUCAAUAACAGUAAUUCUGGUGGUUGAUUUCUGCUAUUCAUUGUGUACCUCGAGCAUUUUACCUGAAUGUCUCCAGGUGCGCCUCAGGGUGAUGGGACAUAUGAGCACCCUGGGGUGUUAACAAAAAUAUGAAGCAUGAAUGCUGUAUUAUAUAUUGAAAUAAAAAAGGGGGAAAUAGAGGAGGAAAGUAAGUUUCCUUUCAGAAAAGAUUGGAAAUUAGGAUUUGGGAAGAAAUGGAAGAGAAAAACCCAAGCAGCAAGAUGUUGAAGAUGACAUAGUUUGGGGAUGAAAUAAAGAGGGGGUGGAGAUGACAUCUAUGGUAAAUAAAGAGGGGAAAAAUAAUAACAAACCUGUGCUUUCCCAUACAAUAAAUGGCUGCAAGGAAGUGAUACUUUUUCUCCUACAAAAAAAAAAAA